ACUCCUUUAGUUUAUCGGUUUAUCCAAAAAUCUCCUCUACACCCCACAGUUCGCGUCUUCUUCAUCAUAUACAAAUAGAACCUUCCCCCUAAUCUCCUAUUCUCCUCCUCUCCAUUCACAUAUUUUCUCUCUCCUCUGUUACUGUAGCGUUCAUACUAAAACUUCUUCUCUUCCCAAAGUUCAAUUCUAAUAAUUCAAGAAAUUCUGUGUUCGAAAACAAAAAACAACCACGAGAAUCUUGUAUUAUCAAAUUGGUGGUGGGGGGGCCUGGUGGCCGGUGAAUGUAAACUUGUGGGCGGCUCAAUGAUGUAGAUUUCCCAGCUACUUCGUAUAACUUUAUAAAAUUUAUGACUUUACGAACCUCCCACAUUGAUUAUGGUCCCACAAAGAUAGGCAUUAAGGAAACAUUGUCCAUGGCGCAGUACUGUCAAGAAGCUGUGGCAGAAAGCGAUUGCAGUGAAGACAUGAAUAAAUGGAAAUCUCCCAUAACCAAAAGUGGUGGGAAGGAUAAUAAUUUACCGGGUGGAUUUGAUUGCAACAUCUGCCUAGACAUUGUCCAAGACCCAGUAGUAACAUUUUGUGGUCACCUUUACUGCUGGCCUUGCAUCUAUAAAUGGAUGAAUUCCCAGAGAAUAUGCUUUGACAACAAUUCUGAUCAACAACCUGAGUGUCCUGUUUGCAAAGCUAAAGUGUCAGAAAAGACCUUGAUACCCCUCUAUGGCAGGGGACAACCAACAGAUAGUAACAGGGGAACUAAGCUUGAUGUGGUUGUCCCUCGGAGGCCUAACGGACCUGGGUGUGGGGUCCACGCAGUUGUAACCGCAACUACAUCCAGAAGUAGUUCACAACAUCCUGGCCAACAACUUGAUUACCGUCACCAACUACAUCCAUACAACUCCCAGUCACCUGCUGCAUUUAGGCUAGCGGGGACAACCACAUAUAAUCCUAUGAUUGAGAUGUUUGGUGAGAUGAUCGAUACUCAGAUCUCUGGGAACCCACUUUAUGCUUAUCCAAACACAUACAGUGUUGUGACCACCAGUAGUGCAAGAGGCAGAUUGCAUAUCAUCAAGGUUGAUAGGUCAAUGAGCAGAGUCUUUUUUUUCCUCUGCUGUUGCGUUAUAUUGUGCUUGUUACUCUUUUGAGUCUUCCUGCCACAAUGUAUCCAUAUUAUACAACUGUUACUGUGUAUAUUAUAAAUGAGCACGACUGGUAUAUGACCUUCUUGCAUACAGAAGACUGUCAGGAUGUGCUAAGAAUUCAACUUCAUUUGGGAUAUCUCAUGUAUACAGACUUGCAUAGUCGUGUCCCGGGUAUGAUAUUGACUUAAUUGUAAAGUAUUAAGCUUUUCCAAUCUGCUUGAGUUAUACUUUGUCUAUACUACGAACUCGGAACAAUAACUGAUAAAUGCUCAUUCCUUUAUUUUCUUGA